AUGGGGAGUCGAUACCCGAGUUUACCGAACAUUUCUGUUGUUCAUCCUUACGUCACUCGUGUUCUUGGUCAAAAUCCUGGCGUCAUGACUCUGCAGGGCACGAAUUCCUACCUUGUGGGACCUGAGGAGGGAUCACGUAUAUUGAUUGACACCACAGGAGGGGACAUCACUGUGAUCGAAAAGUAUGUCGAAUUGGUGCAAUCAGUGCUUCAAAAUCCCGUCCAUCAUGUUUCGACACCAAUGCCGGAGCCUCCGAUUUCCGCUAUACUUCUGACUCACUGGCAUCCCGAUCACACGGAGGGAAUCUCAGCUGUUCAGGAUCUCGUUCGUAGGCUGUCCCCUCCCUCAUUACUAGAUGACGGCGCUCCAGAGGUCUACAAGUCACCUGAAGGUCCUGAUCUCAAGGCCAUCGGCUACUACGAUGGCCCCUUAAAGGUGUUGGAUGAGGGGAUGACUUUCUCACCACCUGAUAGUCCAUUCAUCACUCUCAAGCCCAUUUUCACACCUGGUCACAGUGUGGAUCAUAUGUGCUUCGCUCUCUCUGUCAACGGCACGGUGGAGUGCAUUUUUGUGGGCGAUCUCCUUUUAGGCAGGUUUUUUUCGAUUUCUCUGGUGUUAGCGUGGCCGACUACUACCAAAGAAAGCUUUGGUACAACGAUCGUGCUCGAUCUAUCAGCCUACAUGCGCUCGCUUGAGAUGUUGCGACAAUUCGUCGUCAAGUGCAAUAAUCCCAAACUUUCCUUCCUUCCUGCUCAUGGCGAGGUGAUAACCGAUCCAGUGGGGAAAAUAGAUGAAUACCUUGCUAUUCGAAAGAAGCAUAUUAACAAGACUAGAGACGCGUUUUUAAACAAUCCAGAGGGCACCUGGUUGAGGGAGAAUUCUUUGCUGGAGCAAAUUUACCCCUCUGCAGUGGAUAAAAUGAAGGAGCUGGCCGUUAAUAACCUGCGCCAAAGCCUCUUUUGGCUGCAAGCUGAGGAGAGCACAAAGUUUCGCAUUGCCGAACCCAUUACCGCCGGUACAAAAGAGAUUCGUUGCGAAAGUGAUUACAAGAAAGCUACCGCUAUCGCUCGCCCCGGAUACCUACCCGAGGUGCUGAAUGAGGAGUGGCUGUGGAAGUGGACUUCAGCAGAGAAAAUCUGCAAUAAUCACCUCGUCAACCAUACGUAA